AUGAACGGGACAGAGGGUCCAAACUUCUAUGUGCCGAUGUCCAACAAAACAGGUUUAGUCCGCAGCCCUUUCGAGGAGCCUCAGUACUACCUGGCCGAGCCGUGGAAGUACUCUCUCCUGGCCGCGUACAUACUCUUCCUCAUCAUCACCUCAUUCCCCAUCAACUUCCUGACGCUCUAUGUGACCAUCCAGCACAAGAAGCUCCGCACGCCCCUCAACUACAUCCUGCUCAAUCUCGCUGUGGCCGACCUGUUCAUGGUGAUGGGGGGCUUCACCGUAACCCUCUUCACGGCUCUGCAUGGAUAUUUCGUCCUGGGGGUCACCGGCUGCAACAUUGAGGGCUUCUUUGCCACCCUGGGUGGUGAGAUAGCGCUGUGGUCUCUAGUGGUGUUGGCUAUUGAGCGCUACAUAGUGGUGUGUAAGCCAAUGGCAACAUUUCGUUUCAGUGACAAACAUGCCAUCAUGGGGGUGGGCUUCACCUGGGUCAUGGCCCUCACCUGCGCUGUACCCCCACUGCUGGGCUGGUCCAGAUAUAUUCCAGAAGGGAUGCAGUGCUCUUGUGGAAUAGAUUACUACACUCCUAAACCUGAAGUCCACAACACUUCAUUUGUCAUCUACAUGUUCAUCCUGCAUUUCUCCAUCCCACUGCUCAUCAUCUUCUUCUGCUACAGUCGACUUUUGUGUACUGUCCGUGCCGCUGCAGCUCAGCAGCAAGAAUCAGAGACGACCCAGCGGGCCGAAAGGGAAGUGACACGUAUGGUGGUUGUCAUGGUGAUUGCAUUUUUAGUCUGCUGGGUGCCAUAUGCCAGUGUGGCCUGGUACAUCUUUGCUAAUCAAGGGACAGAGUUUGGUCCUGUCUUCAUGACAAUUCCAGCAUUUUUUGCUAAGAGUGCAGCGCUCUACAACCCAGUCAUCUAUAUCAUGCUCAACAGACAGUUCAGGAACAGCAUGAUCACUACAGUGUGCUGUGGCAAGAACCCAUUCGGUGAGGAGGAGACCAGCACAACUGUCUCCAGCAAGACUCAAUCCUCAACUGUCUCGUCCAGUCAAGUCACUCCUGCCUGACCACAUGAAUGACUCGUGUCACACAGCACAACUGGAAUUAAACCACCCAGUAGCUUCCUAUAGGCCAAACAUGUCUCUGCAAAUCUACCUGCUGUCCAAUUGGCCAGUCUACAACAUUUACAACUUCUCAGCAUUGUGCCGUUUGUGGUUGUGACGCACCAUGAACUAAAUCCAUCCAUGUGUUGUGUAGAAACUUACUGGAAUGUCUUUUUUAAAACACC